UUAAUGGACACCAAGUGGGCCACAACAGAACUAGCCUGGACCGCACAUCCUGAAACUGGGUGGGAGGAGGUGAGCGGCUACGACGAUGCCAUGAACCCCAUCCGGACGUACCAGGUGUGCAACGUGCGGGAGAGCAAUCAGAACAACUGGCUGCGCAGUGACUUCAUCCCACGCAAAGACGUCCUCCGAGUCUACGUGGAGAUGAAGUUCACCGUGCGCGACUGCAACAGCAUCCCCAACAUCCCCGGCUCCUGCAAGGAGACCUUCAACCUCUUCUACUACGAGUCCGACUCAGACUCGGCCACGGAGACAAGUCCAUUCUGGAUGGAGAACCCCUACGUGAAGGUGGACACCAUCGCACCCGAUGAGAGUUUCUCCAUGUUGGAGUCGGGAAGGGUGAACACGAAAGUGCGGAGCUUCGGACCUCUAUCCAAGGUUGGGUUUUACCUGGCAUUCCAGGACCUGGGGGCUUGUAUGUCAUUGAUAUCCGUCCGGGUCUUCUAUAAGAAGUGCUCAACCACCAUUGCGAACUUUGCCGUGUUCCCCGAGACGGCCACAGGGGCCGAGGCCACGUCGCUGGUCAUCGCGCCAGGGACAUGCGUCUCUAACGCUCUCGAGGUGUCCGUGCCUCUCAAGCUGUACUGCAAUGGGGACGGCGAGUGGAUGGUUCCUGUUGGCUCGUGCACCUGUGCAAAUGGGUUUGAACCCGCCAUGAAGGACACCCAGUGUCAGGCUUGCAGCCCGGGCACGUUCAAAUCCAAGCAGGGUGAGGGCUUCUGUACUCCCUGCCCACCAAACAGCCGGACCAGCUCUGGAGCAGCUAGCUUGUGCUCCUGCAGAAACGGCUACUACCGCUCAGACACAGACUCACCUGACAAUGCCUGCACCACCAUCCCCUCUGCGCCGCGCAGUGUCAUCUCCAACGUCAAUGAGACCUCCCUGGUCCUGGAGUGGAGCGAGCCGCGCGACUCUGGUGGUCGAGGCGACAUCUUCUACAACAUCAUCUGCAAGAAGUGCCUGCCUGAGCGUGGCAUGUGCUCGCGCUGCGACGACAACGUGGACAUCUCGCCGCGCCACCUGGGCCUGACGCAGCGUCGUGUGGCGGUCCGCAACCUGCAGGCACACACCCAGUACAGCUUUGAGAUCCAGGCCGUCAACGGCGUGUCGAUUAAGAGCCCGUACACGCCGCAGUUCUCUGCCGUCAACAUCACCACCAACCAGGCUGCUCCAUCUGCAGUACCUACAGUUCACCUGAUGGGGGCCACAGCGAGCACCAUGAGUCUUUCCUGGCUGCCCCCUGAAAAACCCAAUGGAAUCAUUCUGGAUUAUGAGAUUAAGUACCAUGAGAAGGGUGAGGCCAUCGCCCACACCAUGACAGCCCAAAGGAGCUCUGCCCGCAUCGAGGGGCUCAAGACGGGCACACCCUACGUGGUCCAGGUCCGGGCCCGCACAGUGGCUGGGUACGGCCGCUAUAGCAGCCCCGCCGACUUCAGCACCAACCUAAAAAGUGACCCCGAGAAGUCUCUUCAGGAGCAGCUGCCCCUUAUUGUGGGUUCUGCCACCGCAAGUCUAGUCUUCAUUAUCGCUGUCGUCGUCAUUGCCAUCGUCUGCCUCAGGAAGCAGAGGAAUGGCUCCGAGUCAGAGUACACAGAGAAACUGCAGCAGUACAUCACACCUGGAAUGAAGGUCUAUAUUGACCCCUUCACCUACGAGGACCCCAAUGAGGCCAUCCGCGAGUUUGCCAAGGAGAUCGACAUCUCCUGCGUGAAGAUCGAGGAAGUCAUUGGCGCAGGAGAGUUUGGGGAGGUGUGUCGCGGGCGUUGCAAGCUACCCGGCCGACGUGAGAUCAUUGUGGCUAUCAAGACACUUAAGGUGGGCUACACUGACCGGCAGAGGCGGGACUUCCUGAGUGAAGCAAGCAUCAUGGGACAGUUUGACCACCCCAACAUCAUUCGACUGGAGGGCGUGGUCACCAAAAGCCGGCCAGUCAUGAUCGUCACAGAGUUUAUGGAGAACGGGGCGCUGGACUCUUUCUUGAGGCUCAACGACGGGCAGUUCACAGUGAUCCAGCUUGUGGGGAUGCUGCGUGGCAUCGCGGCGGGCAUGAAGUAUCUGUCUGAUAUGAACUACGUCCACCGGGACCUGGCUGCACGCAACAUCCUGGUCAACAGCAACCUGGUGUGUAAGGUGUCGGACUUCGGCCUGUCUCGCUUCCUCGAAGAUGACGCCACGGAUCCCACCUACACCAGCUCACUGGGAGGCAAGAUUCCUAUUCGCUGGACGGCCCCCGAAGCCAUCGCCUACAGGAAGUUCACCUCGGCCAGUGAUGUGUGGAGCUACGGCAUCGUCAUGUGGGAAGUGAUGUCGUACGGAGAGCGGCCAUAUUGGGACAUGAGCAACCAGGACGUGAUAAACGCCGUGGAGCAGGACUACCGGCUGCCCCCGCCAAUGGACUGCCCCACAGCGCUGCACCAGCUCAUGCUCGACUGCUGGGUCAAGGAAAGGAACCUUCGGCCUAAAUUCUCCCAGAUCGUUGCAACGCUGGACAAGCUCAUCCGCAAUGCCGCCAGCCUCAAGGUGGUCACCAGCAGCACGCAAUCUUCUGGGGCAUCGCAGCCUCUGCUCGACCGAUGCGUCCCUGACUACACCACCUUCACCACCGUGGGAGACUGGUUGGAUGCCAUCAAGAUGAGCCGCUAUCGCGACAACUUCCUCAAUGCCGGCUUCGCAUCCUUCGAUCUAGUGGCCCAGAUGACAGCAGAAGACCUUCUUCGGAUAGGGGUGACAUUGGCCGGCCACCAGAAGAAGAUUCUAGGCAGCAUUCGGGACAUGAGACUACAGAUGAACCAAACACUGCCUGUCCAGGUCUGAGAUGGACCAACAGACAGACAGAUGGACAGACAGGAUGGGGAGGAACUGUGCCAGAGAGAGAGCCAAUAGGAAACCCUAGCUGCCUGACCAUCUCUGCCAAUCAGAUGAGAACAAAACUGGCUUGCAGUGCCUCGAACUUGUGUUUUUCUUAUUUUUCUUCCACGCCAACGUUUUAUGUUUCUAUGUUCCACAUUAUUAGUCCAAUGUUUUUCCAUUUUGUAAAAAAGAAAUGUCUAAAGACAAGAAAGAGAACCCAUAUCCCAUGCGUGCCUCACUGGUUUCAGUGUGGGGUGAUCGUUUGCAUGCGUGCGUGUGUGUUUGUGAGGUUGGCCAGGACUUAAACCCUCCCCUCCCACCUCUUGUAUCCUGAACUUAGUCUUCCUCCUGUGAAAAUCCAUCUCCUUGAACCUUGACCCUACCCCAACAUCUGUCGGAAAGCCCCCUGACGGACAUUACAGUUGGAAAAGGAUGAACACUGAGUAUAAAGUGUUUCAAAAAAGCAGAAAACGUGAACUAGCGUUCGUACACAAAAAAAGUGUUUGGACACCAAGAUGAUAAAUGAAAAUGAUAGAAAUUGUUUUAUUGUUGGUGUGUGUGUGUGUUAUUCCCCAUCUUCAUAUUGAAGGUGUAUUAUUAUGUACAAGGGCACAUGCCUAAGAAGGACGUGGAGGAAGAGGGUAAAUCAGAGGGUCACAGAGGUCAAGAGGUUAAAUGAGAGCUGCUUAGCUGGAGCGGGCCACAUUAGUUUGGCCUAACCAGGGCCAAAAGUAUGGAACCAACCUUUUUCUAAAACCUGGGGGAACGCACACUCAGGAUGUUCUCAAAGUUUGGGACCAUUGGCUCAUCAACUGUGUUUUUCUUAUUAUUAGAAUUGCUGUUAAUUUGUUUACAUCAGCCUUCCAUUUAUGUUUUUCUGUUCCAUCACUUUGGGGAGAUUUGUGUUUCAAGAUGGCUGGUCAGAGCUAAAUACUCCUGUUGGACGCUUUGUGUGACGGGGAGGGAGGAGCUAGGUGAGGACUGUGGCAACUCAAUACAAAGACCGACCAGCCUUUUGUGUGUGCUUGCGUUUGUGCGUGAGUAUGUAUGUGUUUGUGUGUAUGCGAACGUAUGAGUGUAACAAAAUACUGUACAAUACAGCUUCAGCUACAUCGCCACCAUGGACAAUUAACGCAUGAACUGAACAGUGACAAGAAGCAACAAUUAUAUCGGAAACAAUUACGCUAUAUUCUGUGGACAACUGUUAACAUUUUUUUUAUUGAAAUCCAAACAUUUGGAAAUAUAUGCAUCGUACAACAACUGAGGGCAAGCACGAAAGACACCGUAACUUUCUUUUUACUAA